AUGGCCAGUGAACUGCUGGCGGCGCCGCCGCCGAAAUCUUCGUCGGAUCUGUCCACGACCACCACUGCCACUACCACCAGUACCGCCGCCAACGGCACCACCACCACCACAACCAUCACUACCGUCUCCGCCAACGGCACCACCACCACCACAACCACCACUACCGUCUCCACCACCACCACAACCACCUGCAACGCCAUCACCGCCCCCGCCACCUCCACCGCCAUCACCGCCCCCGCCACCUCCACUGCUACCACCAUAUCCUCCCUCAGUGGCGACGACCUUCGCCAGAUCUUCCUCCGCCUGCCGGACCUACCGGCCCUCGGCCGCGCCGCGCUCACCUGCCGCUCAUGGCUCGGCGCCGUCCGCUCAUCCCCUGCCUUCCGCCGCUUGUUCCGUUCUCUCCACCCGGCGCCCCUCAUCGGCCUCUUCAUCGAAUUGAACGGGUCCACCAGCCCCUUCUUCGCCCCCCUGCGCCUCCCCGAUUACGAUGUUGCCGCCGCCCUUCGCCGCGGCGACUUCUUCCUCACUUCCCUCCCACACUCGUUCUCGGGUUGGAGUGUCGCCGACUGCCGCGACGGUUACAUCCUCCUAUGGAACAGGAUGGAUAACAAUCAUCUAUCCCUCGCUACCCUGAACCCCAUGACCUGGGCCGUGGACAUCCUCCCGUCGCCCCGCGGUAUCGCAGCUGAGAGCCGCCGCAAUUUCAGUGUAGCUGGUUUCCACCUGCAGUCCUCCGAUGAGAACCCCUGCUUCUUUCGGGUAAUCUGCGUCUGCAACGAUCAGCGGAGGGUUCGUGCCGUCAUCUUCUCGUCGGAGACGUGGGAUUGGGUCAUCCAUCCCUGGGUGGAUAUCGGUGGAAACAAUAGCCUGAAGUUCAAGGUUGGUUCACUGGUGGAUGGUUCCAUUUACUGGCCUUGCCACGGCGAAAGACGUAUGAUUAGGAUCAACAUCGACACCAUGGAUAUCACCUCCGUAGAUCUACCUGGGCAAGUGGAGGUGGAUGGGUACAUUUUCCAGGCUGGGAACACUAAGGAUGGUGAGCUUUGCAUUGUCUAUGAAUCUGUUUUUUUCCUCCAUGUUUGGAUCCGUAGUAUGGAUAGUGAUGGAACUGAGAUAUGGGCGCCACAGAACAUACGCAAUUUGAGCGCAGAAAUCGAUCGGACAACUCACGGGAUCACUCAGGACUUGCAUGGCUUUAUCAAAAUUAUGCAAGUUAGGUCUGGAUACGUGCACUUUUCGAUGACGGGCAUGACCCCCGCUGGCACACAACACUGCUGGUUCUUCUCACUUUCUUUGGAGACCUUGAAGCUUGACUUACUGCUUGAGGGAAAAUAUGAUGGCUAUGCCUAUCCGUAUGUAAUGGCCUGGCCUCCUUCUUUGGUUGCUGAUGAUGGGAGCAUUGGGCAUGAUGCUGAAGGUUCUCACUGAAUCCGCUCUGCAGCUGCAUGUCAUUUGCAUAAGAGGAGAUGAAUGGAAAAUUGUCGGUAUGACUUAACCAUGAUCGAGUACUUUGUUGAUGCAAAAGAAUAUCUGGCUGGCAUUGAAAACUGGAAGAUCAUUCCUUGCAUCUUAUGUACUGAUUAUUCCCAUGUAAACUGUGUGUUGCUUUGA